AUGUCCGUGGAAGGAAUAUAAAUCAGACAGCGGUAAAGUUUAUUAUCAUAAUUCACAAACUAAAGAAAGUAAAUGGACAAAACCUAAAGAUUUAGAGGAUUUAGAAGCUCUUGUAGCCAGACAAUUGAGUGGACAAUCUGCCCCUGUGAGUGUUGCACCAACGGGUGUGUCCACGCCACCGAUUCUACCGAAAGUGUCAGCACCUUCGUCGGCCAUUGAACAAGCGAUGCAAGCUACACUAGCUUCUAUAGAACUACCACCUGCUGGCCCAGCAGUUGUUCAACCUGUAGUCGAGAUUCCAAAUAAAAUAGAAAUUCCAGACAGCAGUUCUGAAAGUGAAGAAGAAGAACCACCAAAGAAAGAAGCUCCCCUGGUGUUUAAGAAUAAAAAAGAGGCCAUUGAAGCGUUUAAAAGUUUGUUAAAAGAAAGAGAAGUGCCAUCCACAGUGCCAUGGGAACAGGCAAUGAAACAGAUUAUCAACGACCCUCGUUACGGAGCAUUGAAACAUUUAAACGAAAAGAAACAGGCAUUUAAUGAAUAUAAAACACAAAGGGCUAAAGAAGAAAAGGAAGAACAAAGGUUACGAGCAAAACAAGCGAAGGAAGAUUUGGAGAAAUUUCUGCUGACUAGCGAUAAAAUAAACUCAUCUAUAAAAUACUGGAAAGCUGAUAAUAUAUUUGGAGAUGAAGAAAUCUGGAGAACUGUCAGUGAUAGAGACAGACGUGAUUUAUUUGAUGAUGUCGUACAUUUAUUAGCUAAACGAGAAAAGGAAGAGGCCAAGACACUCAGAAAAAGAAACAUAAAAGUAUUUUCCGAGAUUUUAGACAGCAUGCCCAAUCUAACUCACAGUACGUCGUGGUCAGAGUUACAACAGAUGUUGGUGGAUAAUCAGAGAUUUACAGAUGAUCCUGAUCUCGGCAGUAUGGACAAGGAAGAUGCGCUGAUUUGUUUCGAGGAUCAUAUCCGUCUGCUGGAACAAGAAAAUGAUGACGAUAAAGAACGAGAGAGAAGACGAGUCAAAAGACAGCAACGUAAAAAUAGAGAAAGUUUCCUCGUAUUGUUAGAUGAACUUCAUGACAAGGGUAAAUUAAAUUCCAUGUCAUUAUGGAUGGAUUUAUAUCCUGUUAUUUGUCAAGAUGUUCGUUUUACCAACAUGUUGGGUCAACCAGGGUCAACUCCCCUUGACCUGUUUAAAUUUUACGUAGAAGAUUUAAAGGCCAGAUUCCACGAUGAGAAAAAAAUAGUGAAAGAAAUAUUAAGGGAUAAAGGAUUUGGUGUAGAAGUUAAUACAGUUUUUGAUGAAUUUAGCGUUAUAAUUAAUAAUGAUAAACGUUCUGCUAGUCUUGAUUCUGGUAAUAUUAAACUCACCUAUAACAGUUUGAUAGAAAAAGCUGAAGCCAGGGAAAAGGAACGAUUAAAAGAAGAAGCUAGAAAGCUGAAGAAGUUAGAAAAUGCGUUUAAAACUUUAUUAAAACAAGCUGAACCUCAGAUAGAAUUUGAUACGCCAUGGGAUGAGGCUCGACAAAGAGUUGAACGUGAACCAGGUUUUGAUAUAAUAACCCUUGAGUCCGAGAGAAUCCGACUUUAUAAAGAAUACACCCUGGCCUUAGAGGAAACAUGCGGUCAUCAUCACCCAAAGAAAAAGAAGUCUAAAAAACAUAAAAAUAGACGAUCUAGGUCCCGGUCUUUAUCUAGUGAAUCAGAAACAGAUUCUGUGAAAUACAAAUCACGUAAAUCAAAGAAAAAGACGAGAUCGGAGUCCAGAUCACCCAGUCCUGGUUCACAAUCGGGUAAAUAUCUUGCUUGUUUUAUUUAUAUGAAAAAGAAAAAUUGA